AGCACAACACAACGAAAACCCAACCUAUAGAAAAACCUAAACCCCCAGUGAGGCCAAAACCCCCACCCCGACAGAGAAUCCCAGCCAACUCUAAUCACUUAACCAAAUAACGUCCCCCUCAGAUCCCCAAUGCUAAAACCUCCUCCCUCUCUCACUCUCUAACCUUCUGGUAAUUUAAUUGGUUACAGAGGAUAUACGAUUCAUUGAUGGUGUUUGCGUUUCUGGGUUUUUGCUUUUGCACGCGGGCAUUGAAGCUCCUUUCAGGUGGGUGCCUAAACCCUUCAAUCUCAGCAAAUGGGUAUGUUCCAGAUUCUGAAAAUUUGAACAAUAUAUGAUAAAGUCUGUGAUUUCUGGUUCUUUUGGGCGUUUGUAUUUCUGGGUUCCUCAAAUUUUGAAGUGGGUUUUCGAUAUUUAUUCGUAAUGGUUUGUGUAGAAUGCCGAUGUUGAUGGAUGGAUGUGCAUUAAUAUUGGGAAACUCCUGAAACAUGCUCUCUCUGCGAACAAGUCGCAGAUUCUGUAAUGCCGCCAUUGCCAUAACCUCGAAUGAUUGCCCUGCAGCUGCGUCCAAUCGCGUUUUGAAUACGAAACCGUUGGAAGAGCCUGCCCUGGUUAAGCUUAAAGCUGAGAGAGACCCGGAAAAGCUGUUUCAUUUGUUUAAGGCCAACACGCACAAUAGGCUUGUCAUUGAGAACCGGUUUGCAUUUGAAGACAUGGUGUCUCGGCUUGCUGGAGCUCACCGGUUUGAUUACAUUGAACAUUUGCUUGAGCAUCAGAAGAGCCUUCCCCAAGGUCGGCGAGAAGGGUUUAUAAUGAGGAUUAUAACAUUGUAUGGUAAGGCUGGGAUGACUAAGCAUGCUAUUGAUACUUUUUGUGAUAUGCAUUUAUAUGGUUGUUCUAGGACUGUUAAAUCUUUCAACACUGCACUCAAGGUUCUGACUCAAACCCGUGAUUUAGGAGCCAUAGAGGCAUUUUUGAGUGAGAUUCCGGAGAAGUUUGACAUUGAACUGGAUAUAUAUUCGGUCAAUAUUGUCAUAAAGGCUUUUUGCGAAAUGGGUAUUUUGGUUAAAGCAUAUCAGAUAAUGGUACAGAUGGAGAAGUUGGGGAUAAAACCAGACGUCAUUACAUACACAACACUGAUGUCAGCAUUUUAUAAGGACAACCGGUGGGAAAUUGGUAAUGGUUUGUGGAAUCUUAUGAUAUUGAAGGGCUGUUUGCCUAAUCUUGCGACUUUCAAUGUUAGAAUCCAGUAUCUGGUAUAUAGGAGACGAGCCUGGGAAGCGAAUAGAUUGAUGGGUUUGAUGCAGAAUAUUGAGAUAACACCCGAUGAGGUUACCUAUAAUUUGGUCAUCAAAGGUUUUUGUCAGGCGGGGUAUCUUGAAAUGGCCAAAAGGGUGUAUUCUGCUCUACAUGGAAAGGGAUACAAGCCCAAUGUCAAAAUAUAUCAGACCAUGAUUCAUUAUCUUUGUAAAGGAGGAGAUUUUGAGUUGGCAUAUACUAUGUGUAAAGAUUGCAUGCAAAAGAAUUGGUUUCCGAAUGUGGAUACCAUUCGUACAUUGCUUGAAGGCCUAAAGAAGGCAAACGAGCUUGGUAAGGCUAAGGCAAUCAUGGUGUUGGUUCGAAAAAGGGCGCCUCCAUUUUCUUCAAAACAAUUGGGUGCUUUGCAAACCAUACUGACCAAGAGUUGAAAUAAGAUGGUGGACGGGAAAACUGAAAAGUGGUUGAUUACGUAACUGGACAGCUCAACAAGAGCUAGUAUUCUUUUCACCUAUUCAUUUGUGAAACUGCAGAGCAAUUGACACGAUUUUUUUAGUCAUAUGAAAGUGACAUCCUGGUUCUUCAAUGUUCAAUAAUUUGUAUUACCACCUCAGUUGAAUGGAGCUUUGAAUGGACAGCUGUCACCCAAAAUUGUUAUUUGGUGGUGAAGAACAGAAUGGUCAGGGAAUAAUGCCGAAGUCAUCCCCAUUAGAUGUCAUAGAAUUCUUGUGCACAACCAUUAGUUGAUCUUAACUUGAAGCUUUGGUGGUUUUGAACCACUAACCUCUGGGAAAUUGUAAGUGUUGUUCUUAUGUCCCAAACUUGCCAUGUCUUCUUGACCAUUUUCUCAAGCUCUUAAUGAACCACAAGAUUAGAAACAUAUAUAGGGUUUAUAUUACACUGCAGAAUGCAUAAGAAAAAAAAAUCGUUUGAUGACUAACAUAGUACAUGCUGAAUGGAUGGAAGGUAAAACGAAAAUUUAUCUGAUGUGGCCGGGGAGUGGCUUGAGAAUACCCUAAAUUUGGAAGAUAGAUAAUAGGAUAUGCUAUUCACACACUAAUGAAAAAAUGCUGGCUCAAAUGUUGCUUACCCACUUGUCUGCAUGCUGAUUUUAUUGUUGUGUAUGUUUAAUUGAUAUAUAUCUGCAUAUCCUUCUUAGCACGUCGAUGCAUGAUUUUCAUACAGUGUGAGUUCGCCUUACAAUUAGUAUUUACCUUUUCGUAUUUCCUAUUUCUUGGACUGGUAGUGUUUGCCUUUACUUGAGUACAACGUGUUUGUUACACAGAUAUUUCUCUAAGCCCUGUUCGUAGUGUGUAUAUUUCUCUAAUCCCUUUAAAAAAUUAACACAAAUGCGAAGGAAAACCUUUUUCUCUUCCCUCCCCCUGCUGUAGAAGUUCAUUUCCAUGUUCUGGCACCUAGACAUCACCCCAGAACAUUUAAAGAUCGAUUGAAAUUCCAAACUUUGUGUUGAGAAAGCUUUUUACUAUGGUGCACAUUGUAUAAUGUGGAUUAGCUGGACAUGAAAGCGUCAAGAUCUUUUUAUAAAAACGAGUCGAUAGGAAAUAACUCACAUGGCUAGUUGGCUAGACUUUGCUUGUACAUGAAUUCCGAUUUGUUACUAUCAUUUUAUUCUCUCCCAAAAUAUAAUCAAAUUAUUUAUUUGAUAUGAUUUUAUUGUAUAGAAAAUCCAAUCAUCUGCCACCCUGCCUCUCGAGGUGCUGAACAGUUUCUUUGGUUAGCGAAAUGAUUGGUAGAUGAGUUUUUCAUAUUCUGGGUAGAGUGGAUUAUGUAUCUGAUUAAAAUCUUGGCCGUAGGCAACAAGGGGGAGCAGAGCGCAGCAGGCAGGGCGUCGAUUCAUAACACUUGAUUUGGUGCAUUCCGGGGAAAAGAAAUAGAAGUUGAAAGUCUGAAGAGGAUGAGGAGUUGCUGCAUCAUGAGCUGGAUCUUGUCCUUCCGAAGUUAUUACGCUUGUAUGCUUGGCAUGAAAUCGUAGAUCUCUCUUCAGCUCUUGGAAUUUGAGUGUCAGAGAAGAUGAGAAGAUUGUUUGAUUGCUCUUAAGUUAUCACACUGAAUUCUCACCUAGUGUUCUGCCUAUCCAAAAUUUUCCGUUUAUAUCUCCGUCUGUUUGGUUUGGGGAAUAAAUUCUUUGAGAAUGUAGGCUUUUGGAAUUUCAUAACUCAUAAGCACUAUGGUCUAGUAGUAUUUAUCUUCACUU